AUGAAGUUGUUCAGCGUGGCCACUGCCUUGCUCGCCGCGGUACCCUUUACCCAAGCAUACUGGAAAGGCUUUAAUGUUGCCGCCGAAAACCCCGAUGGCUCCUGCAAAACACAAGCCCAAUGGGUUUCUGCUUUCCAAAAGCUAGCCUCGCUUCCUGGCCAUUUCACUUCUGUCCGUCUAUACGCGAGUUCGGACUGUAACACUUUGGCUUUGGCCGUCCCUGCCGCCAUCUCCACGAGAACUCAGCUGCUCGUUGGUGUUUGGACUCAGGAUGAAGGCCACUUCAAGCGGGAAAAGGAUGCCCUCGAGAGCGCCAUCAAGAAAUACGGUCAAGACUGGAUCAUUGCCAUCAGCGUUGGAAGCGAAGACCUGUAUCGCAAGGAGAUCAGUGCAUCGUCCCUUGCACAGAAAAUCUACGACGUUCGCGGUAUGGUUCGCGCCAUGGGCGUGAACAAGGAAGUUGGACAUGUCGACACAUGGACUGCCUGGGUCGAUUCUGCCAACACUGAAGUCGUCAAAGCAUCAGAUUUCAUCGGUCUGGGCAGCAGUAUCGAAAACGCAAGCAACGCAUUCUGGAGCGCCAUCAACAAAGUCCGCGGCGUCGUCGACAAGGUCUCUCCAGGCAAAUGGGUCUGGGUCACCGAGACAGGAUGGCCAGUCAGUGGUCCCAAAUACGGCAACGGAGUUGCCAGCGUUAAGAAUGCUCAAACUUUCUGGAAGCAGAUCGCUUGUUCUGCGUUUAAGCAAGUGCACAUUUUCUGGUAUGUGCACCAGGAUUACCAAGCGUCGCCUAGCUUUGGUGUUAUUGACCACAAUGGAAACGCCAUUUAUGAUCAACAGAGUUGUUGA